CCUCCUGCCCACCCCUCCAUCCUCGGCCGGACCUCGGAACCUCCGCCACCGCCGGACCGAUCCCACCCUGGCCAUGAAGGGUCCCCUGCGUGGAGGAAUGUUCUCCCGGCAUGUCAAACGGCACCCCGGACUCGUUCCCCUCAUUGGCUUCAUCAGCGUGGGCCUGGGCAGCGCAGUCCUGUACCUGCUGCGGCUGGCCCUGUACAGCCCAGAUGUCAGCUGGGACCGGAAGAAUAACCCUGAACCCUGGAAUAAGCUGAGCCCCACAGACCAGUAUAAAUUUCUGGCAGUUUCCACUGACUACAAGAACCUCAAGAAGGACCGUCCCAGCUUCUGAGCCACCUCUGGGACGUGCUGCCGUGGAGGGGGAGACCCCUGUCCCAAGAAGGCCCCUGACAGCCCCCACCCCCAGGUCCCAC